GGCAACACUGCGUUAGUUUUCCACCAUCUUCAUGCUUGUUUGAUGCUGAAUCAAGGCAAUCACGACAAUUUUGUUAUUAAAUUUAUAAAGUAAUUACUUUUAAAUGAUAUCGGGCAUUUUUUAUUAUUUUGGAGGGUGAAGGAUAGCGUUUUUUGCGAACCGGGUAAAAUGGAAGGUGAACAAUUCUCUCUAUGCUGGAACAAUUUUCACAGUAAUCUUAGUUCAGGAUUUCAUAGUUUAUUAAAGGAUGAGGAUUUGGUGGAUUGUACCAUAGCUGCCGAAGGAAAAUUUCUAAAGGCACACAAAACAGUGCUUUCCGUUUGUAGUCCAUUUUUUAAGGAAUUGUUUAGAGUGAAUCCAUGCAAACAUCCUAUAGUAAUUUUGCCUGAUGUGAACUAUGGGGCCUUGUGUAAUUUGCUACAUUUCAUGUAUCAAGGUGAAGUUAGUGUUAGUCAAGAGGAAAUCCCAACAUUUAUGAGGGUAGCUGAAACACUGAAAGUUAAAGGACUUACAGACAAUGGAAAUUCUUCGGACACCAACGGCUACAGCAAAAGCUUCAGCGGCUACCAACAAAAAGACAUAAUGAAACGCCCCAAACCCGUGAAAAAAAUAAUCCGACCCGUACAGCAUCCAAGUCCCAUAGGCAGUCCCAGUCCGAACGCACUCAAAUCCCCGCAACCCUCUACAUCGCCACAAAACACACUUCAGUCGCAACCGUCGCCGCAUUCGUCGUCAGCGCCGCCGCCCGCCAAAAAACCGCACCUCGACGACACGCCCGUACCGUCGCCCGUGGCGACCACACCGAACCCGCCGCCUGCGUCUCCCGACUCCACGCCAACGGUGACGAUGACGAUGAUCAAGCCGAAACCCGAGCCGAUCGACCAUUCGGACGAGCCGAACAUGUCCGAGGACGAGAUGAACAUGGACCCGGCCAACCUGCUCGACAUGCAGCUAGGCGAAUCGUCGUCGUCGUCGUGGCCGACCAAUCAGGACGCUUCCAAGUCCAUGGCGCACGAUACGUCAUCGCCAGGCGGCGGAAGUGGUUUAAUGUUAAUGAAGAGCGGCAGAGGGCAGCUCGUGCUAAUCCACAACGGUCACAUCUACACACUCUUCGAUAAGCGGGAAAGCCGCAGCGUCUGGGUGUGCGUGAAAAAGAAAACCUUGAACUGCGAGGGCUGUCUCACCACAAUGGCCGGACCAGUAUUACUUUCCUACAGCGGACACAACCAUCCACAGUUGCAUGAGGUCAUUAAAAAAUUACAAGUGCCCAGUCCAGGAGUUUCUCCCGAAUUAUUGUAACCUGUACCUGUACGAUUUGUAGGUCACGUUUUUAGGAAAUCACUGUUUAGUCAUGGAUGGAACAAGGUAUGCCAAAGAAAUGUUUAGGUUUUACUGGGUGGCUCAAACGUUGUGGUUUGAAUUUUUUAUAAUUUUUGUUAUUAAAAUUAAACUAAAAAUAUAUAUUUUUUAAAUACAGUACAGUUUAUAUG